AUGGAUCCGGUUGAUGUUGAUUAUGUCCCUGGCGAGGACUAUGUUCUCCGUCAACGAAAAGACGCCCAGAACGUCCAUGCCGCUAUCCGAAAACGUAUCAUUGUUUGCUGCGACGGUACGUGGCAGUCUGCCACAACAGGUCGCAAAAAUGUUCCAUCAAACGUUACCCGUCUGUGUCGGGCCCUGAAUCACAUUGGCACAGAUGAGAAGGGUGACCAGUGGCAGCAAGUUGUCUGGUAUGACUCCGGGGUGGGAACAAACGCGGGCACAGUCGAAGAUGUUGUAGAGGGCGCAUUCGGUGAAGGCGUGGAACAGAACGUCAUCGAGGCGUACAACUUCUGCGUGCUGAAUUAUAGGCCGGGUGACAAGAUUAUGUGUUUUGGUUUCUCUCGUGGAGCGUACACGGCGCGCACAAUCGCGGGUUUGAUUUCGGACAUUGGAAUUUGCCAGAAGUUUGAGCUGAACAAGUUCCCCGACCUAUGGGCCAUGUAUAAGAAAGUCAAACACGGGAAGCGCUUCGAUCGGAGCGACCUUUGGUUUGACUGGACUUGGGGUAAAGCAGAUGAACAUCAAGGUGCGGGUACCAAGGACAACCGAGAAUUUGUUUAUGAGCAAGCCCCCGAGGGCGAUUGGGCACAGGAGGGAUCGAAAGAAGUCGAAGUUGUUGGAGUCUUCGAUACAGUCGGUGCUAUCGGAAUGCCUGAGGUUCUGGGAAUGAAGUUACCCUCUGCGGGGAAGAAUGGCUGGCACAACGUUGGUCUGUCACCAAACAUCAAAUAUGCCUACCAAGCUUUGGCUUUGGAUGAGCACCGCCAGGCAUUUUCGCCGUCAGUAUAUUACCUACCGAACAAAACAGCCACAGCCGAAGAAGUUGAAGCCAGAAAGAAGGAGGAAGUUGCGGCCCAAAGUAAAUACUGGACAACCUUACAGAAAGCAAAGAGUCUGAAAGCAGGAGGCAAGGCCACGGACAAAGAAGUCAAUACCGCCGCCCAUGCUGUCAACGAGGCUGCCAGAGCCUGGAACAAGGCAAGCCGGAGACGAGUCAGAUUCCAAAACCGACUGGGAGUUCACUCCAAGUUAACGCAAGUGUGGUUCCCUGGCUACCACGUCAAUAUUGGUGGAGGAGAUUCCGAAACCCUGGACAAUGUGGGAGAUAUGGAAGAAAUGUCCAGCAUCACCUUUUUCUGGAUGCUCGAUCAAAUCAAAGCGCAUCUUUCUAUCGACGAGAGAUUCAUUAUCAGAGAACAUAAUGCUCGUGUGCGGAAUCUUCAAAAACUCAACAAGGCUUUCACUACUUGGGAGGCCGCAGAGACCAAGAGAACACAGUCUUUCAGAAAUUGGGUCUACCACGCCGCGAAAGCAACGGCCUCUGUUAUCAUCCAUCCUCUGGACUCGGGGGUUGAGCCAGCCUACAAGAAACUCCGCGCCUAUGGCUGGGGAACAGGUGAAUUGAUUGACAGUUAUAACUCCAUGUACUGGCUCAAUGGAAAGCACUGGCGAACACCAGGACAAUAUGGCAUAAAGGAUGGGCAAAAUCUUGGCGAAACCUUCGAGUUCAUUCACCCCGUUGUGAACUUCCGAGUGGAGCAAAUGAAGGGUUUGAACAAAAAGAACAGCAAACUCCUCUUAUACAAGCCCCUCAGUCCCGGUUGCAAAUACGAACGCCGCAGAGUGAAGGACGCUGAAGGAAACGUGAGAUUUGAGUAUUAUAUGGGCGACUCAUCAUCGAAGCCUGUUCCAGAGUGGAAGCUGGGUGGACUAGACUCAUAUGAGCGACUGGCUAUUGCUGGCGAGGAAGCGUAUUCCUAUGCCGACGUUCUGGAUGAAGAACUACAGACUGGCUUUCGAACGGAGCGCUGUGACUUUGGAUCUGCCGACGGGCCACAACUCUGCCUCAAGCCUGUCAUUGUACAAAAGGCUGACGGCCUACUUACAUUGUCACCAGUAAAUGAAGCUUGGGGCGAGCAGUCUCAGUUGACAGCCGUGGAGGGCGAGACACCGACUCAAAAAUCCUUCGCAGUCACUGACGCAUCGAAAUCAUUUGGAGUGGAGAUUUCAAAUGUGGAUGUCCCAAGCCAGGUCUCCCACGCACCUAACUUCACCUCGGUUCAUUAA